UAGACUAACUUCAUUCUUUCUUACUUGUCUUACAAAGCAUAACCUUAAUUACAAAAUACAGAUCAUGCGGGAGAUAGUACACUUACAAGCAGGCCAAUGUGGAAACCAAAUUGGUGCCAAAUUUUGGGAGGUCAUUUCUGGUGAGCAUGGAAUUGACCCAACUGGAUCCUAUCAUGGAGACAAUCCUAACCAGUUAGAAAGAAUAGAGGUGUACUACAAUGAAGCCAUGGGUGGCAAGUAUGUACCAAGAGCCUGUAUGGUGGACCUGGAGCCAGGAACUAUGGAUGCUGUCAGAAGUGGUCCCUUUGGACAAGUUUUCCGUCCAGAUAACUUUGUGUUUGGUCAGAGUGGUGCAGGAAACAAUUGGGCUAAAGGACAUUAUACAGAGGGAGCAGAGUUGGUGGAAUCUGUAAUCGAUGUUGUCAGGAAGGAGUCUGAAAGCUGUGAUUGUCUUCAAGGAUUCCAAUUAACACAUUCAAUUGGUGGUGGGACAGGAUCUGGUAUGGGGACAUUAAUUGUAGGAAAGAUCAGAGAGGAAUACCCUGACAGAAUAAUGAAAACAUACACAGUUGUUCCUUCACCAAAGGUAUCAGAAGUUGUUCUCGAACCUUAUAAUGCCACACUGUCUGUUCAUCAAUUAGUUGAAAAUACAGAUGAAACCUUUUGUAUUGACAAUGAAGCUUUGUAUGACAUUUGUCUCAGAACACUCAAAUUGAAAACUCCAUCAUACAGCGAUCUUAAUCAUCUUGUAUCUUAUACUAUGUCUGGUGUUACAACUUGCUUAAGAUUUCCAGGGCAGCUCAAUGCAGACCUCAGAAAAUUAGCUGUUAACAUGGUGCCAUUCCCUAGAUUACAUUUUUUCAUGCCAGGUUUUGCACCAUUAACUGCUCGUGGAUCUCAGUCAUAUCGUGCCUUAUCAGUUGCAGAACUUACACAACAAGUUUUUGAUGCGAAAAACAUGAUGGCAGCUUGUGAUCCCAGACAUGGUCGAUAUCUGACAGUUGCAACCAUAUUCAGAGGCAGUUUAUCCAUGAAAGAUGUUGAAGAACAAAUGUUAAACAUACAAAAUAAGAAUAGUCAAUAUUUUGUUGAAUGGAUUCCUUGCAAUGUGAAAACAGCCGUGUGUGACAUCCCUCCAACAGAUAUGAAAAUGUCUGCUACAUUCAUAGGAAACAGCACAGCUAUUCAGGAGUUGUUUAAGAGAGUCUCUGACCAAUUCACAGUAAUGUUCCGUAGGAAAGCUUUCCUGUUUUGGUAUACUGGAGAAGGCAUGGAUGAACUUGAAUUUACUGAAGCAGAGUCCAACAUGAAUGACUUAAUUUCAGAGUAUCAGCAGUACCAGGAUGCUACUGUAGACGAUAAUCUUGGUGAUGAGGAGUAUGAGGAGGAGGAGGAACCAGAGGCUGAGGGAAAUCAAUAGACAUUUGUAUUCAAACCAAAGAACUUUGUUUUAUCUAUCAAUAAUGUGUCAAUUCUCAAUUUUUACUGAAACAUGUUCAUUUGAUCAGAUAGGGCUAUGUGCCCCUUCAUUCAUGAAGAUUAAGACAGUUUAGUAAGGUUUUAAUGUACAAGAAAGCUAAUUUUUUAAUAUUAUUCAAUGAAUAAAUACUGCUAUUCUUAUCAAGUAAUUACAUGUACUGUACAUGUGAAUUAAUUUAUAUUCUUGGGUACUAAUUUUUGUGGACUGACAAAAAAUUGUAUUUUUGAAGAUACUUGAUUUUCUUGGCUUUGCAAAUGUGUGCAUACAAGCCCACAAAAAAAUUUGUACUUUGUUGAAAAUUCGUGUUUCACCUUUUAACAAGAAAGUCAUGAAAAUUGGUAUCCCAUGAUAAUAAUGAACUCAUGAUCACUGGAGUACAAUUCAAAAUCCACGAUAAUAAAUGAAUCAACAGUAAUAUGUAACCUUCAAAUUACAUUGUAUAUUACAACUUAAGAAUAUGACUGAAAUAAAGUCUUAUUUACUCUA